GUUGGAACAUUUGGUCAUAUUCUCAAGCAUAAUGGAGUCCUGGGGUUGUAUAGUGGGGUAUGUACAAUAUCUGCAUGGAUCGUGAUUAGGAAGAUGCAAAGAAGAAAGGCUCCAUGGAUCUCGCUCACAUCUGUGCCCUUUUUCAGCUCUCCGCAGCCAUCCUCCGCCAAAUAACCUACUCGACCACCCGCUUCGGAAUCUACGAAGAGCUCAAAUCCCGCUUCACCUCGUCCUCGUCACCACCCGGACUUCCCAUACUGGUCGCAAUCGCCUGCGCAUCGGGCUUCAUUGGCGGGUUUGCAGGAAACCCGGCCGAUGUUCUAAACGUACGCAUGCAACACGACGCGGCGCUUCCCCCGGCUCAACGGCGCAACUACAAGCAUGCACUCCACGGAUUGGUGCAGAUGACUCGCACAGAGGGCGCGGCGAGUCUCUUCCGCGGCGUCUGGCCCAAUUCGACCCGUGCCGUGCUGAUGACGGCCUCGCAACUUGCCUCGUACGAUUCCUUCAAGCGUCUCUGUCUCGAGAAGCUGGGAAUGUCGGAUAACCUCGUCACGCAUUUCACCGCGUCCCUGAUGGCCGGAUUCGUGGCGACAACCGUCUGCAGUCCCGUCGACGUGAUCAAAACCCGCGUGAUGACCGCAUCACCGACGCAGACCCGGGGCCACAGCCUCCUGGGCUUGUUACGAGAUAUCUACCGCAAGGAGGGUUUCGCGUGGGUCUUCCGCGGCUGGGUGCCUAGCUUUAUCCGACUGGGUCCUCAUACCAUUGCCACGUUCAUCUUCUUGGAAGAGCAUAAGAAGCUCUACCGAGCGUUGAAGGGGAUCUCGGGGACAACACCAUCAAAGUAUAGACUUUUCUUUUUCUGUUCCAGUAUAUUGUUUUUGGGCGUUCGUUUCUACGUAGACUUCACGUACAUGGCAUCUGGCGAAACAUACUGGGAGGGCAAAAGUCUUGUUCGAUGCUGUACAUAAUCAUAUAUAUGUCCAUGUCUUGUCAUUUCGCUUGUUGUGUCUUCCACCUGUCGAUACUGGCUGUGAUUGCGGUGUUUUGGAUGACCUCACUGAGAUACCUUCUUACACUGUCUUGAAAUUUUGACCAGCUACUUCUGGGUGCGAGAGAGAAGGUAUAACGAAGGUAUAACCGAAUUCAGUACUUGCACCUGCCGGUUGCAACUGUAAGAA